AUGAUUAGCUCAUCUGAAGAAGCUUCCCUUGUCAAUGGGAUGAACAAUGUACAAUUACAAGACUACAAUCAUGAGGCUCCUGCUUUUUCGGGAGGGCAUAAAGAUGACGACGACGAUCGUCCACUUUCAUUCCAAAGAGCUCCCAAUUAUCCUCGACCUAUUUCAGUCAGGAAUAUGGCAGUGAGGAAUACGACGAGACCAGCCAACUUUAUUAAGCCUGUACCACAAUUUUUACAAAACAAUGUGCCUGCACCAAGUGACAUGGCAAGUGUUCAAAAGUUGUACGAGAAUUAUUCGCAAAAAGUAUAUCUUGAAGGCUAUGUUUACAAGAAGAAUGAUCUGACAGUAGACGGAAGACCGCUUGGAGAGAAUGAUUGGACAAAGUGGUAUAUGGAACUGUGUGGACCAGUAUUAACAUUAUGGGAGGACAUUGAGGGAGACGAGAUCAUACCUCAAUUUAUAAACAUAACAGAUUCAAAAGUCGAGAUUUAUAGUGAAAAGGACAAUAUAUUUUCACUUAAUUCAGCAGGACAAAAUAGGUUUCUAUUCAAUGCUAUUGAAUAUGAAAUGCUUUUGAAAUGGAUUUGCUCUAUUCGCUUAUCUUGCUUUGAAUGUUCAAAAUUACAAGAGAUUUAUACAAGAAGAUUGAUUACAAGAUCGACAUUUAAUGACUUGUUAAGUAAACCACAAACCAAGAUGGAAGGAUACGUGCAAGUUAGGUUGUCAGGUACAACAGAGUGGCAACGAUACUGGUUGAACAUUUCUGAAAAAUCAAAGAAGCUGUUCAAUAAGAGUAAAGAUGCAUCCAUUUCAUUUUAUGAAUCCAAGAAAUCGAAGUCGCCUUUGUAUGCAAUGACACAGGUUUUACAGGCAUAUGUCAUCUACCCUGAAUCUCCUCAGCUAAUGGAAGUAUCUACUAUUUUUAAAAUUGAAGGAAUCAUUAAUAAUGAGUAUUCAACUGCUUUGGUCAUGGCGUCUUCCACAAAGGAACUUGCUCAAUGGAUCAUUACUAUCUUUGACUCAUUCAAGAUCUAUGGAAGGCCUAGUCAACUGCUAAAUGACACAACUAAUGCCCAAUCUCUUAACUUUGGUGAAUCUCCCGAUAGCUCUUUAUUCUUGGACUUGCAAGAUGUCUUUAUGCAUGUUGAUGUGAUCAACCAAAAGCUAUUAGACAAUAAGGCACAAUUCUCGGAUAUUCUAUUACAAAAAUUAAAUGCAAGACAACAGCAGCAACAACAGCAACAGCAACAGCCUAUGCGUCAAUUCGGUUUGAUUCAUCAAAUACCAAAUCAAAGAGCGUCAACCCCUCUCUUAAACUUUAAUCAACAACCAACGCAGCACCACGCUAUUUAUGCCAGUGAUGAAGGCGAGGAAGAGGAAGAGGAGGACGAAGAGGAAUCUGACAGUGAUGAUUCUGUAUUUGCUAAAAAGAAGCAAUCUAUAUCAAAAUCCCAAGAGAUAGAAACUACAAACAAUAUCAAGAAAGAAACACCUUUGUCAUCAAAUACAAGUUUACCCAUAAAGGAAACCAAAAAAGCUGAGCCAUUCGAUACAGAUGAGGAUAGUGAGGAGGACGAGUCUGAUGUUGAUACAAAGCCAAAGUCUCAACCAAAGAAGCCUCGACCAAAGGCAACGCAGACACAAAUUAGUGAUUCUGAAGAAGAAGAAGAAGAACAGGAAGAAGAAGGCUACAGUGAUAGUGAUGACGAUAUUCCUAUUCAUCAAUCAAGACAAACAUUAUACUAUAAUCAACAUCACCCUCAAGGAGAGGAGUAUUAUGAUGAAAUGUACGACACUCAACAGUAUUACAGUAACGGAUACCCCAUAAUGACUGAAGAUGGCCCGGUUAUUCCUCAGCUAGGCGACAAUUUUGCUACUCAAAACUCAUUAUUAGACACAUUUAGACCAGAUCAUCCCUCUGCUCGAGAUCAAGAAGGCUAUGCAAGAGCUACGGGCCAGCCAUUGAUUCAAGUACCCAACAAACCUCCAGAGCCUCGCGCUGGUUUGGUUGGUAUGAUCUCUCAAAUUGAACAUGAAAAGAAACAAAAGGAAGCAAACAAGAGUAGAUUACUUGAUAAAGAAGGCAUAUUGCAAAGAGAACGAGAAAGAUAUCUUAUGGAACAGAGAGCACAACAGCAGUCGAUGCAGCAACCACAACACUCAAUGAUGCAGCCACCCAUGAUGGGUAUGAUGAAUCAACCCAUGAUGAAUAUGCCACAGAUGCCCAUGAUGACUGGUCAAAUGCCAAUGAUGGGUUUAAUGGGACAGCCCAUGAUGUAUCCAAUGAUGAACAUGCCCAUGAUGCCCAUGAUGAUGGACCCACACAUGUCCAUGAUGCUAAUGCAGCAACAAUAUAGCCAAUACAAUCCAAUGUGGAGCCAAUCUCAAAUGUUUGCUAAUUCUCGUUUUACCAACAGUGUACAUGAAGAUGAUGAUGAAGAUGACGAUGUUCCUCUUGGUGCUAAAGAAUCACCUGCACCUCGUCAGCAACAAAAACAAUAA